AACACGAUUUAUUACCGGAUGUGCGUGAAUUUGAACGUUCAAACUGAAUAUUGUUUGAAAUAACACGAUUCAAACAAGGAAGACAAGUAAAAUAUCUAUAUAAAAUGGAAAAACAAUCUAUUUAAACUAAAUUGCGGACUGUUUAAUUCUACAUGAUGGUAUUGUACCCUUGUGAUAAUUGUUCCUAUACACCUGGAUGCGGUCCCUUGGGUCCGUGCAGUGUUACUUGCGGAGAUGGAGUGAUGUAUAAACAGACCUUGAAUGGAAGCUGCAAAUCUAGUUUUCGAUGCAAUAAUCCAAGGUGUUUAGAUAUCACAACACCGGUUGUCACCACUCCAAACGCGUCGACCUCUCAAACUGAAAUUGUCACGGCUGGGCGUACCGGGUCAACCACUUUGGCAAGAGAUAACGUCUCUACUAGAGACACCAUGCUGGGGGUCAAGAUCGCAAUUCCUUUUGUGGCAGCUGUUGUCAUCAUCGCAGCUGUUUUGGCCUUUAUUUUUAUUCGAAGAAAACGUCGAAAUGAUAAAACGCAGUCAGCUAAGGCUCUGAAUUCACUACAUAACGUGCCUGGGGGAGGGAAACACGUGUAUUCUGCGGACAACGUAGCGUGCACUCCGGACUAUGACAUGGCAUUGGAGGAUAGGGAAUAUAAUUACGAUCAAUCCAAUUCUUCUGAAAAGGGUUUGAGCGAUUAUACUUAUGCAAAACCUACAAAUGGUCACCAAGUUUCCAGAGAAAAGAUCGGAGGUAUGCAAAACGUGGCUGCUUCGUCAGAUACCGAGUAUGAUUACACUUGUGGCAAACAAAUGAGUCUGGUUGGUCAUGACCAGGCGGUGUAUAAUCAUCUGGGCCACGGUCAACCGAUGAGUUCUACAAAUGUGAACGACAGUACCUACGACACUAAUCAGUUACCGAUCCUGAAAUGCAAGAGCGAUCCAUCUGAUUACGAUCACGUUGGACGUGGAGUGGCUAAGAUCACAGACAACCAUGGUGAUGAAAAGUCUUACGAUCACCUUCCAAACCCAGACCAGUCCCUACCAAGAGGUAACUCACAACCAUUUGAUCCUACGUAUAACCAGCUUGGGUCGGUUUGAAGAAAUGCUGCCUCCAAACACAGAGAUUUGGACCAUUCACACGGUCACCUUUCGAAAUAAUAUUUUAAACAACAAUAUGACUGACUAUUUACCUUGUAUAACCUAUUGAUAAACUAUGCGCAUCAUCUGCAGCUAUUAUAUUUUUUGCAACACGUGACUGAAUCACUUUGUGUGAGUCUGUGGAAACAUUUUAUUACCAUGCACAUUGAUUAACAAGGAUGGAAACUUAUCAAGUAGAAACCAUAUUUUUCCAUAUAUAAACAUAGAUAAAAUACACCUUAGAAACCAAAACCAAACACUUCCGAAUGCCGAUCAUAUUAAAGUUCGAAGUUG